AUGCGCUACGCUUUCGUCGCGGCCACGCUGGCCCUGUUCGGCGGCUCGGUGCUUGCAGAGGUAAGUUGAGCCGGAGGCCAGUACUUUCGGUCUUUUCUGGAGGAAUUAAAAACAUGCGUUCUAGAAAGCUGACACAUCUCGACUCCCAGGCCGUCAGCGGACUGACCGACUUGACCGCGGAGAAGUGCAAGGGCCUGGUGUUCUUGCAGGUCUAUCCACCCACGGCGGUGGAGGUGCGCUGCAGGCAGCUCCUGGGCGAGCCGGCGAUCGAGAAGCGUGGCGACGGCGAUUACGUUGACAUUUCGGUCAAAGACUUGACGGCCAAGGCGUGUUCCCAGCUGGCGUUCCCUGCGGUCUUUCCACCGUCGGAGACGGAGUUGCGCUGCAGAGAGCUGCUCGAACAGAAGCAUGCAGUCGAGAAGCGUGGAGACGACGAUGCUAAAUAUCAGACUUGGGUUAAGGCCUUGACGAUUGAGAAAUGUACCAAGAAGGACUACCCUGCGGACGUUCCAAAGGCGACGAUGGAGUGGCUCUGCAAAGAGCUGCUUGAAGAGAAGCAUUCAAUCGAGAAGCGUGCUGAGUUUCAGACUUCGGUUAAGGGCUUGACGGUGGAGCAGUGUGCCAAGAAGGAGUACCCUGCGGGCAUUCCAAAGGCGACGACGGAGUUGCUCUGCGAGCUGCUUGAAGAGAAGCAUGCAAUCGAGAAGCGUGGAGGCGACGAUAAGCUCCGGCAUUGGCUUAAAGAUUUGACGCCUGAGAAGUGUCACAAGAAGGAGUACCCUGCGGGCGUUCCAAAGGCGACGGUGGAGAUGAUCUGCAAAGGGCUGCUUGGAGGGAAGCAUGGGAAACUUUUGAAAGCUUAG